AAAUCCGAACUUUUCCGGCCGCACCAGCUGUUUUUGCCGGCUCCAUGUGUUGACGGCAACUUUAUUGGACCCAACGGAGAUGCUGAUGUUCACCCAUCACCCGAUCUGGGUAUGGAUAUUACAUCCACCUAUCGCAAGCCGGAGUUUGGACCUUCCCCUGUCUCUCGCAAUCGACUGGAUCCUCCUCAAGACCGUACCUAUGCAAAGGCUACGUCCUCGAAGAAAAUCCCUCCCACCAACAUCGACCUCUCGCACCGAGAAUGGCUACGCCUCAGGAACGCCGAGUGCUUGUACCAUCUUCGUCGUGUGCAAAUGAAGAUUCGCAAGAAUUCUGGAUUCCAGCCCCUGGCCUGA